CUUGCGACUCCACAUAGUGAGCCGACUGUAUCGUUACAUGGAGACACGAGAAGGACAACGAAUUAUAAUUGUGACUCAGUGUCGAAUGUUUGUAUUUGGACCUCUUAGUUCCAGCACAAUGCUAUCUUUAAUUUAUUUCCGAAGCUGGACGGUGGAUUCAAUUGUCAAAAGUCCGUAUUUUUGAGCGGGACGCACGCACCAUGCACAUAGCGGACAUAGCUGUCUUUCUGUUUGUAGUAGUGAUCAUCGUUGUCUCGUUGCUGUCCAACGUGGUGGUGGUAAUCUGCUUUCUGUACAACCCGGAGAUUCGAAAGCAGGUUCCCGGGUUGUUUAUCCUCAACCUUACCUUCUGCAACCUCUUUCUUACCGUUUCUACCAUGCCUCUAACUCUGGUUGGACUUAUCAACAAAGGAAACCCUGGAAGCAGCGGGUUCUGUCAAACUGUGGGUUUCCUGGACACUUUCCUCACCACGAACUCAAUGCUCAGUAUGGGUGCUUUGAGCAUCGAUAGAUGGGUGGCGGUAGUUUUUCCGCUAAGCUACCACUCCAGAAUACGACACCGGGACGCAGUGAUAGCUCUGGCAUACACGUGGUUCCACUCGCUCUCCUUCUCCACGGUGGCCACCUGCCUCUCCUGGGUUGGGUACCAUCACCUUUACGCAUCCUGUACGCUCUGCAAUGCGAGAGCAAGUGACACUAAGACGCAGUUCAUCAUCUACACUGUGGUUUUACACUCGCUCACUUUUCUCAUGACCUUGAUUGUGUUGUGUGUAACGUACCUGAAAGUGCUGAAAGUUGCGCGUUUUCACUGUAAACGCAUCGACGUGAUCACUAUGCAGACCUUAUUGCUGCUUGUGGAUAUUCACCCGAGUGUGCGCCAGCGAUGCCUGGAUGAGCAGAGACAGCGGAGGCAGAGAGCCACCAAGAAGAUCAGCACAUUCAUUGGAACGUUUGUGGUGUGCUUUGCCCCCUACGUCAUUACGAGAAUUGUGGAGCUCUCCACCCCAGGACACAUAAGCCCUCAUUGGGGUGUCCUGUCCAAGUGUUUGGCCUACAGCAAGGCAGCCUGCGACCCUUUUGUCUACUCACUGCUCCGGAACCAGUACAGGAAGACAUGCAGUGACCUGGCCAACAAGAUCCUGAAGAGGAGCUCCUUUAACUCCUCUGUCCGCAGGGUGGAGAAUGGCAGGGCUACCGAUACCAACAACACCAAACUCACCCAGUGAAGGGCCUUGCUAUUGCCUGACUAUGGCAAGAUGGAGACAUUGAGGUACCUACAUACUGUACCUAAGUACUGAGUCAUGGUUGGAGAGUGGAGAGGGUUGAACAGACCUUAGAAGAGAUUGCUGCUACGUAUCGAUUUCGUACUUUUGCAAUGUUGAGUGUGGUUAAGUGUUGCUCUGUUGUCUCAUGGUGUGACAUGAGUGAGAAAAUGUGACAAGUCAUUAAAUGGGAAAAUAUGACAGAGAGCCAUGUGGGUCAUUA